CGAAGUCGACAACACCCCCACUCUCCUCUCUUCUCCUCCCUCUGUCAAGAUGGCCAAGCUCAGCGUCAAGAACGUGGACGUCAAGGGCAAGCGCGUGCUCAUCCGCGUGGACUUCAACGUGCCCUUCGCGCAGGACGGCUCCAUCUCCAACACGCAGCGCAUCGACGCCGCGCUGCCCACCGUGCAGUACGUGCUGGACCAGGGCGCCAAGGCCGUGGUGCUCAUGUCGCACCUGGGCCGCCCCGAGGGCAAGCCCAAGGCCAAGGACUCGCUGGCGCCCGUGGCCGUGGCCGUGGAGCAGAAGCUCGGCCGCAAGGUGACGUUCCUCAAGGACUGCGUGGGCCCCGAGGUGGAGGCCGCGUGCGCCAACCCGGCCGAGGGCAGCGUCAUCCUGCUCGAGAACCUGCGCUUCCACGUCGAGGAGGAGGGCAAGGGCAAGGACGCCGAGGGCAACAAGGUCAAGGCCUCACCCGAGGCCGUGGCCGCCUUCCGCGCCUCGCUCAGCAAGCUCGGCGACGUGUACGUGAACGACGCGUUCGGCACGGCCCACCGCGCGCACAGCUCCAUGGUGGGCGUGGACCUGCCCGUCAAGGCCGCCGGCUUCUUGCUGGACAAGGAGCUCGUGUACUUCGCCAAGGCGCUGGACAACCCGCAGCGCCCCUUCGUGUCCAUCCUGGGCGGCGCCAAGGUGGCCGACAAGAUCCAGCUCAUCAUGAACAUGCUCGACAAGGUGGACGAGAUGGUCAUCGGCGGCGGCAUGGCCUACACCUUCAAGAAGGUGAUCAACAACAUGGAGAUCGCUGACUCGCUGUACGACGCCGAGGGCGCCAAGAUCGUGCCCCAGAUCGUGGAGAAGGCCAAGGCCAAGGGCGUGACCCUGCACCUGCCCGUGGACUUCGUCAUCGCCGACAAGUUCGCCCCGGACGCCGCCCAGAAGACGGCCACCCAGGAGGAGGGCAUCCCCGCCAGCUGGAUGGGCCUGGACGUCGGCCCCAAGUCGCGCGAGGCCUUCAAGGCCGCCGUCACCAAGGCCAAGACCGUCGUCUGGAACGGACCCAUGGGCGUGUUCGAGUUCGAGGCCUUCGCCCACGGCACCAAGGCCGUCAUGGACGCCGUGGUCGCGGCCACCGAGGCCGGCGCCACCACCAUCAUCGGCGGCGGCGACACGGCCACGUGCUGCGUCAAGUUCAACACGGAGGACAAGGUCAGCCACGUGAGCACGGGCGGCGGUGCCAGCCUGGAGCUCCUGGAGGGCAAGGUGCUGCCCGGCGUGGACGCCCUCUCGUCGGCGUGAACCGCUUCCUCGGUCAGGAGGAGCGGGCUGUAGUCAGUGUUUCUCGUGCCAUCUAAUCGCAACAAAUACAUAGCAUUCCCAACUCAA